AUGUCUCCUUCUUGCGAAGAGUCCAAGAUACCGGACAUUGAGGGUGCAAUAACCCGUGAUCUUCAGACGUUCAGCAUACGGCAGCAAAAUGAGGACACAAUACGCAAAAAGUAUGACAAGUGGGUUCUACCACUUGUGUGGAUUCUCUUCAUCCUAUCUUAUCUUGAUCGAGGCAAUAUCGGCAAUGCAAAGACUGCUGGAGCACAAGUGACUCUUGAACUUAGCAGCUCUCAGUGGUCCUGGGUUCUCCUGUCUUUCUACAUCACGUACACGUGUCUAGAGUGGUUAGUCAUUUGCUGGAAAGUCUUUCCAGCCCAUAUAUACGUGGCAUUCUUAUGUUUUGGUUGGGGUACUGCAGCGAUGAUGACCGGCCUCGUACGCAACCUUGCAGGGCUUAUCGCCUGUCGGAUUCUGUUGGCGUGUUUUGAAGCUGGCUUCGGUGCUGGCGUGCCUUACUACCUUUCCCUGUUCUACACACGACGUGAGCUUGGUUUGCGCCUUUCAUUUCUUCUUGGCUCAAGCCCGAUAGCAAACUGUGUUGCGGGCGCAAUGGCGUAUGGGAUAACUCACAUCAAAUCAAAUUUGGAGCCGUGGCGAUUGCUAUUCCUCAUUGGUUUGUGA